GAAGAAAUCGACGAUUAAAAAGCAGUUACUUCCACCUCCAACCAGCUGUUUGCAAACAAAAUAUUGGCUUUUUAAUAGUUUUUAACCAAUAUUAGUUACUUAAUGGACUGCUGUGGCAACGAAGUGCGCAGCGAGAGCAUAUACAACAUGCUACAGGCUUUGGUCGAUUCGAAAUUGGUCAACGUGCAGCUUUUAUCCAUUGCAGUGGGCAUUUUCUUCGUGGUCCUGCUGCUGAAAAACAAUUUCCGCAGCUUUUCUGGAACGUAGAUGGAUGAUUACAUUUAGUGUUUAAUUUAUUCAAUAAUGUAAUGUAACGCUAAGGACUAAUAAUAACAACUUCAAGCCAC